ACCAGGAGUAUUCAAAUUUCCCUUCUCUUUUAGCUUAUUCUUAAUAUCUCUUUUCAUUUUCUUUCUUCUUAUUAAUCCACAAAGGAAAAAAAUUCACUAUUUGCCAUUUGAUCCAAUGGCUUCUUCAUGUAGUACUCAACUCGAUGAAAUUGGAAACAAUGAUGAAUUAACCCCUUUACAAAAGCAUGUAAUGUUCUUUGAUAUCAACAAAGAUGGAAUUAUAAACCCUUGGGAAACAUAUCAAGGUUUAAGAAAAUUGGGACGUAGUAUUUUUCGUUCUGUUUUAGGUGCUGUGCUCGUCCAUCUUGUUUUCAGUGGCAAAACUCGACCAGGAAAAUGGCCCCAUCCAUUAUUUCCAAUUGUGAUUAAAAAUAUCAAAUAUGCCAUACAUGGAAGUGAUUCUCAUACCUACGAUUCUGAAGGAAGGUUUGUACCUGAGAAAUUUGAGGAGAUUUUCAAGAAACAUGCACAUGAAAAUUCAGAAUAUUUAACAUCAAAGGAAGUAGAUGAAUUGCUCAAGAAAAAUAGAGAACCAAAGGACUACUUUGGAUGGCUUAAUGCUAGAACAGAUUGGAGGGUUUUAUUUGAUGUUGGGAAAAACAAAGAUGGUGUAUUGACUAAAGAAACAAUUAAAGAGGUUUAUGAUGGAAGCUUUUUUGAAAAAAAGGCAAAAGAACUUGCUACUAUGAAGUAAAAAAAUUAAUUAAAAAAAUUCCUUAACUAUGUAUAUUAAUAAAGUUAUUUAAUUUUAUUCUAUUCUUUAUGAAAUGAUUUGUACUAUAAUUAUCUAUAAUUUGUUUUAGGCUGUUGCGUGUCAAAAAUAUUUCUUGUUUUCUUAAAUUUCAUAUUCAAUUAACAACACCAAACAUAGGACGGUCUCCAUCUUUGAUUGUGAAGCGUAA